UACUCGUCUCUCUCACUGUCUAGUAUAUUUCGUAUCUUGGGAGAGUUAUUAUUGUUUGUGUGAAAAAGAUAAUUGAAGAAGCUGUGUUGUUGCUGGAGAUAAUAAAUGAGAAAUAAAAGACAAAGGCCCACUACGUAAAUGCGACCUGGAAAUAAGACGAGAUGUUAGAACAGUGGUGAGAAACUAACAGGGAGAAUGCAACGCAAUUCUCCCGUUUACAUGCGUAGUACCCCCUUUAUAGACAUCCAACUGUACAGAGACACUUAGCAUGUAGUAGAUAGUGCCAAGAGGGAGCCAAGAUGUGAGGAACGAGCAGAGGCGGAGGAGCUGGGAGGUGAAGAAACGAGAUUGUGUGUCGUCGUCAAUCUGAAGGAACUUGUACCUGUUUUGGGAAAUCAGCUGAUUGGAACGUGUGCACCAAACAACGAAUGAGCUGUGUGGUUUUAUGAAUGGAUGACUUGAAAAAUUAGCUCCUGUCUGUGGUUGUACUAAUAUUGCAGCAUCAUGUCACAGAACUUCCAGACAAAUUACCAGCCCUUGGGAGGGGCAAGUGAUAGAGAUGUAAUACCCACAGAGGUAGAUGUGGAAAGAGAUGACGAUCUCUCACCAGAUACUCAUACAAGUAUGGUAUUUCAUGUUGUUCCCAAGUCCAGCAAGUCGAGAUGGAACCACUUGGAAGAUUUGGAUUCUUUCUUCACGCGGGUGUACCAAUAUCAUCAAAACCACGGACUAUUGUGUAUGAUGCUACAACAAAUAUUUGAACUAGCCCAGUUUAUAUUCAUAAUUGUAUUCACGUCGUUUCUAUUUACCUGUGUGGACUAUGAUAUCCUAUUCAGAAACAAAUUUCCUCCGGACUUUAAUGUAACUUUGACGGAUAAAAUCACGCUGCCUGAUGCCAUACGUACUCACGAUCAGUGCAUGGAACACUACACCUGGAAGAUGGUUAUCGUCAUUCUACUGGCAUCAGUCUUCUGGGUUCUCCGUCUGUUCCACGCCGGCUUCACCUUCUUCCAGUUCUGGGAAAUCAAGCUUUUCUUCAAUAAGGCCCUGGGCAUCCACGACCAGGAACUUGGCAAUAUCACUUGGGAGGAGGUGGAACAGCGUGUCAUGGAUGUGCAGGUUGAGCAGCGCAUGUGUAUCCAUAAGGAGGUGUUGACAGAGUUGGACAUAUACCACAGAAUACUUCGCUUCACUAACUACUUCAUCGCCAUGGUCAACAAAGAAAUUAUACCCCUUAAAUUUGAGGUUCCCUUUAAUGGGGAAAUGGUCUUCCUCACCAAGGGCUUGCGCUUCAAUAUUGAAAUGUUACUAUUUUGGGGGCCAUGGGCACCAUUCAAAAAUAAUUGGCACCUGAGUGAUGAAUAUAAGCGACUUGAAAAACGACACGAAUUGGCGGAGCAACUCAAUAAAAGAUUUUUGUAUACUGGUAUUGCAAAUCUUGUUCUUUUUCCUUUUGUGCUAAUAUUUCAGAUCCUCUAUUCCUUUUUCUAUUAUGCUGAAAUGAUAAAACGUGAACCUGGUAGCCUAGGUAGUCGUCGAUGGUCUCACUAUGGAGAAGUGUACCUUAGGCACUUCAACGAGCUAGAUCAUGAAAUGACGGCGCGUCUCAACAGGGGAUACAAGGCUGCAACUCAGUACAUGAACAUCUUCUCCUCUCCAGUCCUGGCUAUAGUUGCUAAGCACAUGGCAUUUGCAUGUGGAGCAGUGUUUGCUGUUUUAGCUGCCCUAAGUGUGUAUGAUGAAGAUGUCUUACAAGUUGAACACGUGCUGACAUUUAUGACAGUUAUGGGUGCAGUUCUAGCUGGUUGUCGUGUUUUUAUCCCAGAUGAAAACCUGGUGUUCUGUCCUGAGCUGUUGUUGAGGAGGGUUCUGGCAGAGGUGCACUAUCUCCCUGACCACUGGAGGGAAAAGGCCCACACAUCCAGGGUUCGCCAGGAAUUUUCACAACUGUUCCAGUAUAGAGCUGUGCACAUGUUGGAAGAAUUGGUGUCACCUAUUGUUACUCCACUCAUUCUAAUCUUCAGGCUAAGAUUCAAGGCUUUAGACAUUGUAGAUUUCUAUCGCAACUUUACUGUAGAGGUUGUUGGGGUUGGUGAUGUUUGUUCCUUUGCUCAGAUGGAUGUUCGCAGACAUGGAAGCCCAACUUGGCAGCCAGAUAUCCUUUCUGAGGACCUCAACCAACCUGAUAGCUCAAGUAAACCUGGUAUGACAACAGAUGGUGGCAAAACAGAACUUUCUCUCAUACAUUUCACAAUGACCAAUCCCAAAUGGACACCUCCACAAGAAUCUUCGGCAUUUAUUACUGCUUUAAGAACACAAGCUCAGAGGGACAUGAAUGCCCUGCCAACAGUGCAGGAAGAAAAUGCUCUCUUCUCAUCAUUGAACUCCUUGUCGUGUGAUGGAGGUCUUGGAAUGGCAGCUACUAGCUUGUUCCGGCCUCCCUGGAUGGCGACCGGUCCUCAGGUAGGUGCGCAGCUUCAACAGUCUUUCUGGUCACCCAGAGGCCUACGGGGCGGGAUGUCCCACGUUGAAGGUUCCCGCCAUGGUCCCAGUGGUGGAAUAUUAUCGUCCAUCCAACAAAUGGGACAGUCAAGUGUAGAGGGUCCUAUAGGGACAAGUAGUAUCACUUCUGGACCUAUUAUUGAUCCAGUUCUCGCCCCAAGUACUAUUGGGCCAUCAUCCAUGAUGGGUCGAAGUUUAGGCCCACCAAUGCCUCAAGAUCUCACUGCUGUAGACAUGAGUCUUAGCACAUUGUACCUGCAUGAGCUACAUCAGCGACACCGCCAUCGAGCCAUGUACACUGACACCCCACAAAAUCCGCCUUCUGGACCCCAGGGUCCUCCAGGUGGAGCAUUCCACACUGUUCCUUUCCACAGUGGGCCCCCACCAGAUAGUGGUGCUGCCCUCUCAGUGUCAUUCCAGCAGGCACAAGAAAAGACCCCAUUGUUGGCUGAACCUUAAAUUAGUUAAGAAGUUCAAUAUGUUAUGAUUUUGACUUUAUGCUUAGCCAGCAUAGUUGUAGCCUCAACAUGGCCUUGACUAAAGAUGGCUCUGCAAUAACUCAUGCCAAACUAUUGGGCCCAAUGUUCGCCGAAUUUGACAAAUGUCUGCAUUAAGUUACUUCCGUUUUAGUAGACAAACAAGCUAACAUACUAGUCCAUGAGGUUUGGUUUCUUACAGUUUAAAUUCAUAGAGGUAGUUUGAAUUUUAAACUUUGUGACAGCUGUGUGUAAAUGAUAGAAUAAUAUAGAAUAAUAUGCUUACAGAAUUUUAUUGUGUAUAAAAUGUACCAUAAAAUAAGAAUUUUGUAUUUUCUUAAAGUUAUAUUGGGUCAUAAUUUUUAUGCAUUGAUAUUGCAAUUAGAUGUGUGUGAAUGAAUUGUGAAUUCAUUGUCUGUUUUCCAAUAAUGCUUUGUGAAAUGGCAGUUUUCUUUGUAAAUAAUUUGAAUAAAUAAUGCUGUGAUUCCA